GGUGAGCAUUGGGCAAGCCCGCAAGAUGGUGGAGCAGCUAAAAAUUGAAGCCAGUUUGUGCCGGAUAAAGGUGUCCAAGGCGGCAGCAGACCUGAUGACGUACUGUGAUGCCCACGCCUGUGAGGACCCCCUCAUCACCCCCGUGCCCACUUCGGAGAACCCCUUCAGGGAGAAGAAGUUCUUCUGUGCCCUCCUCUGAGCUGCCCGGUCGGUCCCUCUUCCCCUUUCCCCUUUGCCAGUCGGCGUCCCUAGUACACCACCCCACCCCUACUCGGUGUCCCACCCCAGCAGGUUAUCUGAAGCACAAGGCUCCCCCUCGACCACUCCAAGGACUCCAUCAUGUGGGGCACCCUUUGCUUGACCCAACAGAAGCGUCUCCCACCCUCCACCCCACCCCGGCAGACUCUGCCACGGUCCUGCCUGCUUCCCCUCUGGGCCCCAAUCACACACUGGCGAGAGGGCGGGCCGGGGUCUGCUCGGCCUCACCUGGAGCUAUGGGGAAGGUAAAGCCACGUGCAGAAUAAAGUCCCCCAGCAUCUGUCUGUCGCGGA